UCCGAACAGCAGAGAGCAGACGUGCACCCGUCCGUCUGCACAUUGUCACUCCAUGCUUCAAAUAUCCAUGAACCCCCUGCUCACCCUUCUCCUCCUCCUCAUCACUUCUCUUCACGCUCCACCAUGCUCCUCCGCCUCCACCACCACUGCAGCGACGGCGACUGACACCCUAGCGGCAGGCCAAGCGCUUGCCUCCGGCGACAGGCUCGUCUCGAGGAACGGCAAGUUCGCGCUCGGCUUCUUCCAGCCAACAACAGCCGUGGUCGCCGGCGGUAAGUCCGGCAACAUCACCUCCUCCCCCAACUGGUACCUCGGCAUAUGGUUCAACACGAUCCCAGUUCUCACUACGGUUUGGGUCGCUAACAGAGAGACGCCAAUACCUGGGCCCAGCCUCAAGCACGCACGGCUCCAAAUCUCAAGCGACGGCAAGAGCCUUGCCAUCCUAAUAAACCAGGCCAGCCCCGGAGGAACCAUGCUCUGGUCCACUCCCAGUCCCAGUGCUGCCAACUGGUCGUCAGGAGCCAGCUCAAACACUGCCGUCCUCAUGGACACUGGGAACCUUGCGCUCCUAGGAGCAGAAAGCCCGUCAUCAUCCAAUAAUAAUGUAACAACCCUGCUGUGGCAGAGCUUCGACUACCCCACUGACGUCGUGCUCCCCGGCGCCAAGUUUGGCCGGAACAAGGUCACCGGUUUCAGCCGCCAGGGCGUCACAAGGAAGAGCCUGAUCGAUCCAGGCCUCGGCUCGUACUCCGUCGAGAUCGACGCCAGCGGGGUGGUCCUGAAGCGCCGCAGCCCGUCGUCGGUGGUGUACUGGCGUUGGUCGUCCUCGUCCACGUCGACGCUCAAGCUCAUCCCCAUACUCAAGUCCAUACUCGACCUGGAUCCACGGACCAGAGGCUUGAUAGACCCCACGUACGUAGACGACAGCCAGGAGGAGUACUACAUGUACACGUCGCUGAACGAGUCGUCGUCUCGUCUGACCUUCGUCUCGCUGGACAUCUCCGGCCAGAUCAAGAUGAACGUCUGGUCGCACGCUCUCCAGUCCUGGCAAGCCAUAUACAGCCAGCCGGCCGAUCCCUGCACCCCGUACGCCACCUGCGGGGCCUUCACCACCUGCAACGGCGGCACUACUUCUUCUUCUUCUUCGUUCUGCGACUGCAUGCCGGGCUUCUCUCGGAAGUCGCCGCAGGACUGGGAGCUCGAUGACCGAGCGGGAGGCUGCGUCAGGAACACUCCGUUGCAUUAUUGCACCACCACCAGCGAGAAGAACGCGACGACGACGGGUUCGACAGACAUCUUCCUCCCCAUUCCUCGUGUCACGUUGCCCUACAACCACCUCCAGAGCGUGGAUGGCGCCGCCGCCGCCUCUCAGAGCGAUUGCGAGGAGGCCUGUCGCGCCUCCUGCUCCUGCACUGCGUACUCCUAUAACAGUAGCAGGUGCUCUGUGUGGCAUGGGGAACUGUUCAGUGUAAACCGGAACGACGGCAUUGACAACAACUCUGAACAGGUUCUUUAUCUCCGCCUCGCGUCCGACGAUUCGCCGCCAGGUUCGGCAGGGAACAGAAGAAGGAAACCGAGUGCCGGAGUUGUCGCUGCAGCAAGCAUUGUUGGUGGUGGGUUACUGCUGGUGCUCAUCUUGCUGUUAACGAUUUGGCGAAAAAGAUCCUGGCGGUGUGGUACACCAUUGUAUGGCAGCCAAGGCGGCGGCGGUGGAGUGGUAGCCUUUAGGUACACUGAUCUAAGCCACGCGACUAAAAACUUCUCAGAGAAGCUUGGAGCAGGCGGUUUCGGCUGCGUGUUCAAGGGAGUGCUGACCGGUGGCUCGACAGCUAUAGCAGUGAAGAGGCUCGACGGCGCCGCCCGCCAGGGGGAGAAGCAGUUCAGGGCUGAGGUGAGCUCGCUCGGACUGAUCCAGCACAUAAACCUAGUCAAACUGAUCGGUUUCUGCUGCAAAGGUCACAAGAUCAGGCUGCUCGUGUACGAACACAUGUCGAAUGGGUCCCUUGAUUCUCACCUGUUUCAGAGCGAUGGUGCUGCUGCUGCUGCCGCCCUUGGCUGGAACACCAGGUACCAGAUAGCCAUAGGAGUCGCUAGAGGGCUGUCCUACCUGCAUCAGAGCUGCCGGGAAUGCAUCAUACACUGCGACAUUAAGCCGGAAAACAUACUUCUCGACGCGUCAUUUGCUCCUAAAAUCGCCGACUUCGGGAUGGCGGCGUUCGUCGGGAGGGAUUUCAGCAGGGUCUUGACUACGUUCAGAGGAACUGCAGGGUAUCUUGCCCCGGAGUGGCUUGGUGGUGUCGCUAUUACGUCAAAGGUUGAUGUCUAUAGCUUCGGUUUGGUGCUGCUGGAGAUCGUAUCGGGUAGGAGAAAUUCGCCUGAGGCGUAUAGCAGCGACGACAACUACCACAUCGAAUACUUCCCUGUGCGAGCUAUCGGCAAGCUUCACGGGGGAGACGUGAGGAGUUUGGUGGAUCCGCAGCUACACGGCGACUUCGAUCUGGAGGAGGUUGAGAGGGUUUGCAAGGUUGCGUGCUGGUGCAUCCAGGAUAACGAGCUUCAUCGCCCGACGAUGGGUGAAGUGGUCCGUGUUCUUGAGGGCCAGCAGGAGAUCGAUAUGCCACCGAUGCCAAGGCUGCUUGCAGCAAUCACACAAGGCACUGGAACUGUCACGGAAGGCUCUAGUGCGUCUUCGAUGUAAUAAUUCAUAAUUAAUUAAUACCUGUAGUUGAGGGUUGAGGCUAGCUACUAAUAAUAUCUGUUUCAGGAAAUUUUAGUGCUCAAAUUUGGAGCAGAAGUAAUACAGGAAGGCAUGCCUGUAAUUUCUGAAUUGUAUGGACGCCAGUGGUCCCCUUUUGUCUCGUUUUGCAUGAUUUAAUCGUUUAA